AUGGCUAAAUCUCAAGUGAAUGAUUUGGUGUCCAAUGAUAGUAUUAAUAAUGAAAUUGAAGUGAGUGAUGAAUGUAAACAAUAUCAUGAAUUUCGUGUUGGUGCAUUGAAAAGUGAAUUUCAUAUUAAUAUUCAUGAAAAAAUUCCAAAUUGUCUUCGACCAGAGAAUGAUAGUUAUCAAUUAAGUAACAAAUUAGAUGCCAUGUGGAGAUACAGAUGGUCUACAUUUUAUCGACGUGGUUGUUCAAGUCCAAUAUUUUCACGAAUAAACAAGAUAAAUAAUACAUUAAUAAUCGAUUGUCCGUUAUCAAUGCAACCAAAAUAUGGUUUUUCAAAUCGAGCUUCAGUCUUUGAAGAUUAUAUUGAACCAGUUAGUUUGGGUGAUCAUGAAUGGGUUUAUGCUCAAUGUCAUUUACCAUUCUAUUCUGAACCAACUGUUCGUCUUCAUUUUCAUGCUCAACCAUUUUCAAAUAGAAAAUCGCUUAAAAAAAGUAAAAAAACAAAUGUUGUUUUUAUUCAAUUUGAUGCUCUUGGUCGACAAGGAUUCUAUAGAAGAAUGCCACGUUCUUAUCAACUUCUCACUUCCUAUAGGAAUGAUUCAUCAUCUUUUUCAUUGUCCGAAUUAUCAGGCGUUGAGGCAAUUGAAUUUUUUCAUUUGAAUGUAAAUGGAUUUAAUUCUGAACCAAAUAUGAAUAGAUUAUAUUGUGGAAUUGGUAAUUGUCAAACAACAUCACUUUUAAAUUUGUAUAAAGAAGCAAAAUAUUCCACAAGUUUCUUAGAAAGUUAUAGUUAUCAAUUAUGGGAUCAUAUUCCAUCUCAUUCAGUUGAUCGAAUAUUAGCUGAAAAUUAUUUUCAAGAAUUUGGUGGUGAUACAGUUGAAUUAUAUCAACAGAAUAGUGGUUGUGUUUCCAAUACAACUUGGAUUGUUGAUGAAAUGCUUGAUUAUAUUCGAGAUCGUUUUCUAAUGAUGCGUCAAGGUGGUUGGUUUUCAAUUAAUAAUAUUGUUGAUGCACAUAGUGAAGAUGAAUUAAAUAAUUUUUCAGUUAUGGAUACAAAAUUUUCUCAUUUUCUUCUUCAAUUAAAUCAAUCAAAUGCAUUAGAUAAUACAAUUCUUAUUCUUCUUGGUGAUCAUGGAUUACAUCGACAUGAUUGGAAAGAAUUAUGGAGAGAAUUUGAUCAAAGAAAUCCUUUUCUUCAAAUAUUAAUUGGAAAAAAUAUCAAAGGAUCAAAAAAUAUUAUUAAACAUUUAAAAGCUAAUCGAAAUAAACUUGUCACUCAUGCCGAUAUUUAUUUAACUUUUGCCACAUUUUCUACUACAUCAUCAUCUCUAAUACCCCAUGCAGCAAUCAAUUUGUUUAAAGAAUAUAUACCAGAUAGUCGAACUUGUCAAACAGCAGAAAUUCCCGAUGAAUGGUGCAAUUGUUGGAUACCAAAAUCAUGUCCAAAAUUUUAA